AUGGCUUGCCCUGCGGUGCGAUCCCUGGCUGACCAGUACAGGUUUAUUUGUAUAUACCCUGCUUAUUUAAAUAACAAGAAGACCAUCCAGGAGGGCACGCGAAUCCCCAUAAGCAAGGCUGCUGAAAACCCUACAGCUACAGAGAGUCAAGAUGAGUGCUCAGCAGUUGGACUUAAAGCAUUUCUUGAGAAAAACAAAAUGUACUCCAGAGAAUGGAAACGCGAUGCUCAGCACAGGGGCAGAGUCCGGGUUCAACUCAGACAGGAAGAUGGCAGCCUUUGUCUUGUACAGUUCCCAUCACGGAAGUCAGUAAUGUUGUAUACAGCAGAAAUGAUUCCUACGCUAAAAACAAGGACAUAA